AUGUCUUCAUCAAAACUAGAAAAUUUAGCUAAUGAAAUUCUCUUGGAAAUUUUCGACUAUCUCCUCCCGAUUGAUUUAAUUCGUGCAUGCGAUAUGCUUAAUGAACGUAUACAAAAUUUAAUUACUCAACGUCGAAUGCACGUCGAUUUAUCGACUAAUUUAUCUUUCAAUGAUUUUAAUGAAUAUUGUUCAAAAAUAUGUUUUCACUAUUCAUCGUGCAUUUAUUCAGUUCGUUUAUCAAAUGUAGAAACAUGCGGCGGAAUUAAAUUAUUUUUCACGAAAUUUUCACAAAUUGAGAGAACAUUUCCUAACCUACGCACAAUGUCGUUUACGGAACCGAAUGAAAUGGAUUAUAAACAAAUUGUUAAAUUAAAACAUUUAACAUCGAUUCAUCUUAAAUGUUAUAAAAUGUCUGAACAAAAAAUUCAUCUUGGUCUUCUAUUCGAUAUUCCAUAUUUAGAAACAUGUGUUCUUGGAUAUGAUGACGCUUUACCUGUACAGAAACUUCGACCCAAUCUUCAUCUCAAUCGUCUUAUUCUCGAUAGUUUUUAUAUAAAUGAUCUUCAUACUCUAUUUCAUUUCUAUCCUUCACUUCAACAUCUUAGUAUUAAUCGACUUGUUGUUAACUUUCAUGGAUUUUUACCACCAUUGAACCGCUCGUUUGAAACUCUCCGUACACUUAAACUCAAUUGUGUUUAUACAGUUCGGUCUGAUUAUGUAGCGCAUAUACUUUCGAUUUUGCCACGACUUACUCGAUUUACAAUAGUUGCGAUUGGAAUCGAUUUUUUAAGUUCAAAACAAUGGUUAGAAAUAUUAGCAACGCUAGAAAAAUUACGUUUUCUUACACUCGAUAUUAAAGCUGUAUCAGUGACAUCCAAUAAUGAAAUUUCGCCAUCGUUUCUAACUGAGUUUUGGCGUCAAUGGCAUAUCGCUGUGGAUUAUUCACAAGACAAUAAGAAAUUUCAUCUAUUCACGGUGCCAUAUCGUCGUCUUUCGUUUAUUAGUACAAUACAUUGUUUACCUGUAAUCGAAGUACCACAUAAUGCAUUUAGUUCAGUGACUGAUAUUUACUUGAAAACGAAUAUACCCAUGCAGAUUCAAAGUCAACGAGUAUAUCCGAACGUACGUGCUCUUCAGAUAUAUCAAAAUGCAAUCGUUCCAGUCAAUUAUUCAACAUUAUUACUACAACUUCAAUCAAUGUUUCAUUUAAAUAAAUUAGUUCAUUUGGAACUUUUUAUUCCGUUACCUACAUCCAGUUUUCUUGCUCUAUUAAAAUCUACACCAUGCUUACGAAAUUUCAAAACUGAUUAUGAUAUUCUAACGACUGUAACAGAUCGUCUUCAGAAUAAAGAUGUAUGUUCUCAAUUAUAUGAUAAACUGGAAAAAUUUGUCUUACGUCGUGGUAUUUUACCAAUUGUUGAUCAUAAUCGUUUUCUUGAAAUAUUUUCGAAUUUGAAACACUUGCAAAUUAAUUUAAAUACGAUUUAUGAUUUACGACAAAUUGCUGGUAAAUUUAUUAAAAACAUGACUAAUCUUUUAACAUUAAAUAUAUGGCUUACCGGUACUAAUGAACCAAACGAUACACUUCAAUGGGAAGGUAUUGUUAACAAUGUCAGCUAUGAAAUAGCUAAACGACAUAUUAAAAUUUGGAAAUAA